AUAUCGUGAGGACGCAGAUCUGUCAUUACUUCGUGCGAUUUCGCGCCGGUGAGGUGUUUAUUGAGAAAUCUCUGAUCGACAGAGAAGAUGCGGAAUUUCUUUCAUUUAGUUCAAGCUUGUGUGUCUGAGCUUCAGCUCCGCUCCCUGAUGUGCACAGCUGUAACUGCAAUCGCGGCCGCCAUCAUUUACUAUUUAAUUCGAAAAGAUGGGGAAACAGAUGCAGACCCAGGGAAAGCAUCUGCCAGCGAAGACUCUAGCUCACCAUGUGGCGUUCCUCAGGACCAGGACAUGGUACCUGCUGCUUCCUGUUUUGCUGCUGAGAUGGAUCAGAAUGAAGCUGAUAAAUAUCAGGAAGCUCAGCUGGAGAAUGAGAAACUGUGGAAGUAUGUGGAGACACUCAGGGACACCAUUCACUACAUGAAGAUCCUGAUACAUGAGACUCAAAACAAGCAUAACCAGGAGCGAGAAAGAGAUCAGAAGGCUCACAAUACCCUCCAGCUCAUGCAUGAAGAGAUGACAAAGAAAAUUAAACAACUCUCUAGCUCUUUGGAUCAAGUGGAAGAGCAACAUGAGAAGGCUUUGAAGUCCUUUGAUCUCCUGCAUUUAGAGAUGUCCAGCCUGAUGAAGGAUGUGGAGAUACUGAAAGGCAGAAUUCAGGACAUGGAAAGCCAGAUCUGUAAGACAAAGAAGAAGCAAGAUGAGGUUGAAGAUGAUCUGAAAUAUCAAGAGGCUCAGCUGGAGAUUGAGAACCUGAAGAAGUAUGUGGAGACACUUAGAGGCACCAUUCAGGACAUGCAGAUCUUUAUGUACGAGACUCAAAACAAGCAUAACCAGAUAUCUAAGAAUGAACCUCAGUUGAAAUAUCAGGAACCUCAGGUGGAAAAUGAAAACCUGAAGAAGUAUGUGGAGACACUUAGAGGCACUAUUCAGGACAUGCAGAUCCUCAUGUAUGACACUGAAAACAAGCAUAACCAGGAGCAAGAGAGAGAACAGAAGGCCCACAAAGCUCUCCAGCUCAAGCAUGAAGAGACGAUAAAGAAGCUACAACACUGUGAAGAGUUACUCUCUGAGUGUGAGAGAGAGCGAGUGGCUUACCAAAACCUGACUAUGAAGUUCAGUAAUUCAAAGGAGUCUCUGACUGACAUCAAGGCUUUAAUUAAGAUCUCUUUGGGUCAAGUGUUGGAGAAACAUCAGAAGGCUAUGGAAUCUUUUAACAACCUGCAGUUUGAGGAGUCCAGCCUGAUGAAGGAUGUGGACCUACUUAAAGGCACAGUUCAGGACAUGGGGAGCCUGAUCAAUGAGACACAGAAGGAGCAAGAUGAGGAGUAUGAGCGAGUGUUUCAGGCUUACAGCAACCUCCUCUUAGAGCAACAACAGAUGAAGAAGAGUUUAAGUUCUUGCGAAAGUUUACUAAAAGAAUGUAAGACCGAACACAGGCCUCACUAUUUCCUCAGAAUUGAACACAAUAGAAUGAAGACUCUGGAUCAAACUGAGGAGUUAAUGAAGGUAGCUUUGGCUGAAGUUAUGGGGAAACAUCGAAAGGCUGUUAAGUCGGUUGCUCAGCUGGGGUGCAGCCUGACAGACAAGACAGAGUCACUGCAGGAGAAGGUGCAGAAAAUGGAAAGUCUGAUCGCUGAGUCUCAGAAGAAGCAUGACGAGGAGUUUGAUCAAGAACAGGAAGCUCAUAACAUCGUUCAGUCCGUGGUAGAAAAGUUGGAGAAGUUACACCAUUGCGAAGAGUUAUAAAUGGGGUUGCCACAGCAGAUCAUCCGUCUCCAUACCCCCC